AUGUGUUUGGUACCUGGCCUGGUUAUGCCCGCAAAAUUCAAAGCACCAGAAUUUGAGAAGUAUAGAGGGGAUGGCUGUCCAAAGCACCAUUUGGUGAUGUUUUGUCGAAAAAUGACCUCUCAUGCCCACAAUGAUAAGUUGAUGAUUCACUGUUUCCAAGACAAUUUGAUUGGGGCAUCAUUAAGUUGGUACGUGAAAUUAGAAAGGAAUCAUGUUCAAUCAUGGUUGGACCUAGCUAACGCAUUCUUGAAGCAAUACAAAUAUAAUAUGGACAUAGCUCCCGACCGCAUGCAGCUAAGAGCCUUAUCUCAGGAAGACAAAGAAUCCUUCAGAGGGUAUGCCCAAAGAUGGAGAGAGUUAGCAGCUUGCGUUGAGCCACCACUCUUAGACAAAGAAUUGAUGGAAUUAUUCAGGGACACCCUGCAAAGUCCAUACUUCGAAAGGAUGAUUAGCAGCGCAACAUCAGACUUCGCUCACUUAGUGAUAAUUGGAGAACGCGUCGAUAGUGCCCUAAAAAGUGGAAGAAUCUAA